UCUGGAAGACAUUCUCCGCUGAUUAAAAUGGCCAAUGAUCAUAAAGUGAGCUUGCAAGAAUGUACCCGACUGAUAUUGCUGUUAAUUGCCUUUGGAUCAGGCAUUGCAAUGAUUGCCAUGAUAUCAAAUUCAGAGAAAUACGGUUGUGUUGUCCUAUCCGAGGUUAAAUGGUCUCGUUGCGGCGAGAAGAAUGAUGUAUAUUGCUUUGAUAUUGCAAAAAAACCUUCAAGCUGUUCUUAUCUCAUAAAUUCUCAGGGCACGGCUUGCUUUGUCAGUUGUCUAAUUAUGUUGUUUUUCUUAAUACAACUGAUUGUAAAGAAGGAAUAUAAUCCAAAAUGUUCUCAGAUGUUCACUGCAGUUGUAUCCUUAAUCUUCACACUGCUUGCACUCGUAGGAGCAUGCAUUCUUACAGAUACUAUUCGGAAAUUGUGUAAAGGACUUGUCGAAAGUGAUAUUGGACUUCUUGGAGGACCAUGUGAAGAUUAUCAUUUUAAAAAUAAAGAUGGUGAUGAUAAGCUAUACUUCAUCAGACCUCUAAAAGAGGCUAAGAUAAGUCCACAUGAGCCAUAA